AUGGCCUUCCUUUCCUCCUUUGCCCUUGCCGCCCUCGGGGCACUCGUCGUCCCGGCGAGGGGCGGCGUGACGUACCCGGACUGCGCAAACGGACCGCUCAAGUCAAAUACGGUGUGCGAUACGUCGGCGUCCCCGGGAGCCCGAGCCGCUGCUCUUGUGAGUGUAAUGAACAACAACGAAAAACUUGCAAAUCUUGUCAACAAUUCGCCCGGCGUCUCGCGGCUCGGCCUGAGUGCGUACCAGUGGUGGAACGAAGCCCUCCACGGAGUAGCCCAUAACCGCGGCAUUACCUGGGGCGGCGAGUUCAGCGCGGCAACCCAGUUCCCGCAGGCUAUCACGACUUCCGCCACUUUCGAUGACGCUUUGAUCGAGCAAAUCGGCACCAUUAUCAGCACCGAGGCCCGUGCCUUUGCCAACAAUGGGCGCGCUCAUCUCGACUUCUGGACGCCCAACGUCAACCCGUUUCGAGACCCGCGAUGGGGUCGCGGACACGAGACGCCGGGAGAGGAUGCAUUCAAGAAUAAGAAGUGGGCCGAGGCCUUCGUCAAGGGCAUGCAAGGACCCGGACCGACGCACCGAGUCAUCGCCACAUGUAAGCACUACGCCGCCUACGACCUCGAGAACUCCGGGAGCACGACCCGAUUCAACUUCGAUGCGAAGGUGUCAACUCAAGAUCUCGCCGAGUACUAUCUCCCUCCGUUCCAACAGUGCGCCCGGGACUCUAAGGUGGGCUCCAUCAUGUGCAGCUACAAUGCGGUCAAUGAAAUCCCGGCCUGCGCGAAUCCUUACCUGAUGGAUACCAUCCUGCGGAAACAUUGGAAUUGGACCGACGAGCACCAGUAUAUUGUGAGCGACUGCGAUGCCGUGUACUAUCUCGGCAAUGCGAACGGCGGCCACCGAUACAAGCCGAGCUAUGCGGCGGCGAUCGGAGCAUCUCUCGAGGCUGGUUGCGAUAACAUGUGCUGGGCGACCGGCGGCACCGCCCCGGAUCCCGCCUCAGCCUUCAAUUCCGGCCAGUUCAGCCAGACGACACUGGACACGGCUAUUUUGCGCCAGAUGCAGGGCCUCGUCCUAGCGGGAUACUUUGACGGUCCGGGCGGUAUGUACCGCAACCUGAGCGUGGCGGACGUGAACACGCAGACCGCCCAGGACACUGCACUCAAGGCGGCGGAAGGAGGCAUCGUGCUCCUCAAGAACGAUGGGAUCCUUCCGCUGUCGGUUAACGGUUCCAAUUUCCAGGUCGCUAUGAUCGGGUUCUGGGCGAACGCAGCCGACAAGAUGCUCGGGGGUUACAGCGGGAGCCCGCCGUUCAACCAUGAUCCCGUGACCGCUGCAAGAUCGAUGGGCAUCACGGUCAACUACGUCAACGGGCCAUUGACGCAACCCAACGGGGAUACGUCGGCAGCACUCAAUGCGGCCCAAAAGUCCAACGCGGUGGUAUUCUUUGGUGGAAUCGACAAUACGGUGGAGAAGGAGAGUCAGGACAGAACGUCCAUCGAGUGGCCCUCAGGGCAACUGGCUCUGAUUCGGAGGCUAGCCGAAACCGGCAAACCAGUCAUCGUCGUCAGGCUCGGGACGCACGUCGACGACACCCCGCUCCUCAGCAUUCCGAAUGUGAGAGCCAUUUUGUGGGCAGGAUACCCGGGUCAAGACGGCGGGACUGCUGUGGUGAAAAUCAUUACCGGCCUUGCUAGUCCGGCGGGGAGGCUGCCCGCCACUGUGUAUCCGUCUUCGUACACCAGCCAAGCGCCCUUUACAAACAUGGCCCUGAGGCCUUCUUCGUCCUAUCCCGGGCGAACAUACCGCUGGUACAGUAACGCCGUCUUUCCAUUUGGCCACGGCCUACAUUAUACCAAUUUCAGUGUCUCGGUGCGGGACUUUCCGGCCAGCUUCGCGAUUGCCGAUCUCCUGGCUUCCUGCGGGGAUUCCGUGGCGUAUCUUGAUCUUUGCCCCUUCCCGUCCGUGUCGCUCAAUGUGACCAAUACAGGCACCCGCGUGUCCGAUUACGUUGCGCUUGGGUUCUUGUCGGGAGAUUUUGGUCCCAGCCCACAUCCCAUCAAGACAUUGGCGACGUAUAAGCGCGUGUUUAACAUCGAACCUGGGGAAACACAGGUGGCCGAGCUAGACUGGAAGCUGGAGAGCCUGGUCCGGGUAGAUGAGAAGGGCAACAGGGUACUCUACCCCGGAACAUAUACGCUUCUUGUGGAUCAGCCAACCUUGGCAAAUAUCACCUUUAUUUUGACAGGAGAAGAGGCAGUGUUGGAUAGUUGGCCGCAGCCGUGA